GGCGGCCAGGCCGCGCGGCCUCCCCGGGGCGGGGUGGCGGUCACCUGGGCGGCCUCUGGCGCAGGUUUGCAAACCGUUUGCAGUAAGGCCGCUCUGCGCAGAGCGCUUCCCGCUUGGAGGCCCCCCGGGGAGCAGGAAGCAGAGCCGCCCCGGGUUAGCCGUCGGGGCAGCUGCAUGUUUCUCAUUCUUGCAGUUUUUCUGGGGAGUUCUUCCUUGGCUCAGUGAGGUCUUUAGAAGUCUGCUGACACGAGUCCACGAGAUUUUGUUUCGUAGGGCAGAGGGGAAGGCACUGCGGCCGAGGUCGGGGCGAGCGUGCCUGCGAGCAGGGGAGGGUGGCAGCGGCGGGACUGGGGUGCAGGGCUUGGUGUCCCCAUGCCCGAGGGCGUCAGGCCGUGGACUUGGUUUCCUGAGGGCAGGAGCGACAGAAGAGGAGCUCGGGGGCCCCAGGGAAGCAGUGCAGGCGGCUGCCCCAGGGCUCUGUGCCCGGCCUAAGGCCAGCCUUCUCUGGCCCACCGGCUGAGGGGGACAUCGCUGCGUGACAUCACGGAGGCUCUGGUCACCAGACCACCAGGCUGGGCAGCCAGGUGACCUGGUGGGGGGCGCUGCUGACUCAGUUCCCUUCCUGGACGGGCGGUUUGUGAGUCACUCUGUUCGGUAGUUUGCCACUUCCUAUCUGCCACGUCGAAGCUCUCGGGUGCUCCCGCUGAGUGGCCGCGGUGCAGUGCAGGCUCAGGGCGGCUGGAACCGGGGGCAGGCGCCAUGCCUUCCUCCUGCCGCCCUGAGGAGGGCCCGAGCCCCGCGGCGGCGGCGGAGGAGAAAGUCCAGUCACGCGGAGCCAGCAUCGUCCCAGACAUAGCAGUUGGUACAAAGCGGGGAUCCGACGAGCUCUUCUCUGCCUGCGUCACCAACGGACCCUUUAUCAUGAGCAGCGGCUCGGCCUCCGCAGCCAACGGGAAUGACAGCAAGAAGUUCAAGGGCGACAGCAGGAGCGCAGGCGUGCCCUCCCGCGUCAUCCACAUCCGCAAGCUGCCCAAUGACGUCACCGAGGGCGAGGUCAUCUCUCUGGGGCUGCCCUUCGGGAAGGUUACCAACCUCCUGAUGCUGAAAGGGAAGAACCAGGCCUUCAUCGAGAUGAACACGGAGGAGGCCGCCAACACCAUGGUGAACUACUACACGUCAGUGACGCCCGUGCUGCGCGGCCAGCCCAUCUACAUCCAGUUCUCCAACCACAAGGAGCUCAAGACCGACAGCUCGCCCAACCAGGCGCGCGCCCAGGCAGCCCUGCAGGCCGUGAACUCGGUCCAGUCAGGAAAUCUGGCCCUGGCCGCCUCGGCCGCCGCGGUGGACGCCGGGAUGGCGAUGGCCGGCCAGAGCCCGGUGCUGAGGAUCAUCGUGGAGAAUCUGUUCUACCCGGUGACCCUGGACGUGCUCCACCAGAUCUUCUCCAAGUUCGGCACGGUGCUGAAAAUCAUCACCUUCACCAAGAACAACCAGUUCCAGGCGCUGCUGCAGUACGCGGAGCCCGUGAGCGCCCAGCACGCCAAGCUGUCGCUGGACGGCCAGAACAUCUAUAACGCCUGCUGCACGCUGCGCAUCGACUUCUCCAAGCUCACCAGCCUCAACGUCAAGUACAACAACGACAAGAGCCGCGACUACACGCGCCCCGACCUGCCCUCGGGCGACAGCCAGCCCUCGCUGGACCAGACCAUGGCCGCGGCCUUCGGUGCGCCUGGUAUAAUGUCAGCCUCUCCGUAUGCAGGAGCUGGUUUCCCUCCCACCUUUGCCAUUCCUCAAGCCGCAGGCCUCUCUGUCCCCAACGUGCACGGGGCGCUGGCCCCCCUGGCCAUCCCGUCGGCAGCGGCAGCGGCAGCAGCGGGCAGGAUCGCCCUCCCGGGCCUGGCUGGGGCCGGGAACUCUGUGCUGCUGGUCAGCAACCUGAACCCCGAGAGAGUCACACCCCAAAGCCUCUUUAUUCUUUUCGGCGUGUACGGCGACGUGCAGCGGGUGAAGAUCCUUUUCAACAAGAAGGAGAACGCGCUGGUGCAGAUGGCCGACGGCAGCCAGGCCCAGCUGGCCAUGAGCCACCUCAACGGGCACAAGCUGCACGGGAAGCCGGUGCGCAUCACGCUGUCCAAGCACCAGAACGUGCAGCUGCCCCGCGAGGGCCAGGAGGACCAGGGCCUCACCAAGGACUACGGCAGCUCGCCGCUGCACCGCUUCAAGAAGCCGGGCUCCAAGAACUUCCAGAACAUCUUCCCGCCCUCCGCCACCCUGCACCUCUCCAACAUCCCGCCCUCCAUAUCCGAGGACGACCUCAAGAUCCUCUUCUCCAGCAACGGCGGGAUCGUCAAGGGGUUCAAGUUCUUCCAGAAGGACCGGAAGAUGGCGCUGAUCCAGAUGGGCUCCGUGGAGGAGGCGAUCCAGGCGCUCAUCGACCUGCACAACCACGACCUGGGCGAGAACCACCACCUGCGGGUCUCUUUCUCCAAGUCCACCAUCUAGGCCGCCAGGACCCCGCGGGCGCCGCCACCACUUCCAUCAUUCCAGAAAAGCCACUUUAAAAAGCAGCUGAAGUGACCUUAAAAGACCAGAGAUUUUAUUUUUUUAAAGAGAAAUCAGUUUACCUGUUUUUAAAAAAAUUAAAUCUAAUUCCUUUGGGGAGCCGGCCUCGGCCCUCGCUCGGCGAGUGGACAGCACGCCCGCCGCCCCGUGCCUUCUGCCGCCGGCGGGCCCCCGCGGCCCUCCUGUGCCUUAAACCCGCGCCCCGCGGGCCUCGCGGGGGCGGACGCGGGGCGGGUCCGGGUGCCCGGUGGCGGCCAACCCAGUGUAAUCACGUGUGCGAUGGCCCCCGGCCGCCGCCGCCUUCAGCUCCCUAAUCUUGUGCUUCGAUGUGCCGCACGCCUGUGCCUAGCGAUCUCUCCAGUUGACCAAAUAUGCUAAUCUUUCUUCAUUUAUAUGCAAAAGACAUAGUUUAAGUAACUUUUUAUAGCGAGAUGAUGAAAAUGGUAUGAGUGUAUCUAACUUCCUCCUCGUGGUGACCUGUAUACUGUACUCGUGUUUCUGUGACGGCCGCAGGGCCUCCCGACGCCUUAGGCCCGGCCUCGUCCCAGGACGGGCGCGCUCCGACUUUCAGGGUCUCCUUUUUCCUGCAAAUUUUGGACCAAAGUUUUCUGUUUUGUCUGCCUCUGACACUGGGACCCAGACGGUGGGGCCGCGGCCCUCGAGUCUUAACGUCUCCUUCGCGCCUCACCUGCUCCCGCGGGUCCAAGGGGCUCCCUGCGCGCGGACCCCGUGCUGGCCGCCCCGCCCGGGGACCUGGGCCCCGUUUCCAGAUGGGGUGGAACAAGGGUGUAGAUAUUUAUAAUUUUUUAUACCUGUUGUCAGAGACGAGGGGCAGCAAUCGCGGUUUUUAUGGUGACAGAUGUAUAUUUUGAUAACAGCAAUUACAGGUCAGUAUUGUGACGGGGGCUCGGCGCGCUCCACCGCCCGCCGCCGGCUUGUAAUGCGGAGAGAACGGAAUUAAAGCAAUUUUAUAACAAC